AUGAAAUGCCGGGAUGUGGUGCGCGAUGCUUGCACGCGCAAGUGCUACAGUGGCAGUUACGUACAGCGGCCAUUCGGUGGAUUGAAUGUCCUCCUGUCUGGUGACCUAUGGCAAUUGGAACCGCCAAGCGGAACGUUUCUGGGCGCCCUGCCUACGGCUCUACUAGAAGAAGGACACGUUCGGCGCGGUCCGACGACUGCGUAUGGUCAGUUGCUGGUCUGGGGUGGUCCCGAGCACGGCGUACAGGGCAUGACGGAACUUCUCACAUGCGAGAGAACCACAGACGCUUGGCUGCAGGAGGUCCAGGCGCAAGUUCGUGUGGGGAAUCUUAGUGCGGACAUGCGUGCGUUUCUUCAUGGACAACCCACAACUGUUCCGGGGAGUUGGCUGCGGGGCGACGUAGGAUGCGGCAACCCGGCUUGUCGAACGUUGAGGGACACAUGUAGUCCGCGCCAGAUUCAGGAGAAUGAGUGCGGUGUCUGCGCGAAUGAGCGAAAGACCAGACGCCGGGUCGCGCGUGGACCUGAAGACGACGCGUACCGCUUGCAGUUUGACAAAGCAGCGGCCAUCUUUGCCACGAAUGAUACCCAGCGUCAUGUGAACAAAGUCCGUGCAGCCGCGUUCGCGCGUGAACGAAAGUUUGCGCUGGCCUUGCUCCCAGCAAGGGAUUGCAUCAGCGCUCCGGCCCUCCGAGAAAAGCCAGACCUGAAAAAAUGCAAAAAACACUGGCUAAAGCAUCACGACCGCCAUUGCGGCAGUCUCCAUGGCUUGCUUCCUCUGUGUGUCGGAAUGCCUGUGCGCUUGACAGAGCAUCUGGAUCGAAGCGAGAAGAGUCUGUUGAAAGGUCGCCUCGGCGCAGUGAAAGGCUGGCAAUCGGAGAACGGGCUAGAUGUAGCGCGAGUCGGGUCAAUGCGGGUGUUCAAGACAUGUCCAGACGUCGUAUGGGUGGAGUUCCACGGUGAGAACGCCACGUGGCAGCUCGAUGGCGUACCGGCAGCAGCAGUGUAUCCAAUUGUUCCUCGCCGUGCUUCCGAGUACUUGGACCAAAAACGCAAGCAACCGAUGCUUCGGAUUUCCCGGAUGCAAGUGCCGUUGGCCCCCGCUUUUGCUUUGACUGCCCACAGUGCACAAGGCAUGACGUUGGAUGAUGGCGUCAUUCUUGAUUGCGUGCUGGGUACGGGCGGCAACAUCAUUACAGUGUACAUAGCCAUGACGCGGGUGCGAGAACGCGCCAAACUCCCGAUUACUCGGCCCUUUCCGCCUGAAGAUUUUCAAAAAGGCCUUCGGGGAGCACGAGAUUUGCUUUUGGAUUGUUGGCGCGGCAAUGCUCCAGACUGGGACGCAAUUCGAGCACGCUACAACACAACGCGCACGUGCGUGGCCCUCAUUUCCAGCAGCGUCGCGGAGCAACAAAGGGACGUGGACGCGCGUGUGCAACUCCUGUCGCGCUGCGCGACGUUGCAGUCGUUGCGACAUGCUCCGCGGACAGCAUGA